AUGUAUCACGGUACCGACAACAUACCCACGUGGAGCAGUAACGGAGCUGCCUUAGCGGAUAGAUUGGUAUUAGAACGUGUGGAAAGGGAUUUUACGCAUUAUUCUGAGCGUAUACCUACCAUGCAACAGGAAGAGUUCCAACGUCGGCAUAAGAUGGAUAUCGAACAGCAGCGUCGACAGGACCUCAUUGAAAUGAUCACAAAGGCUUGGAAGAUCGAUAAGAUCACCGAGUUCUUGAGUCCUCAAAUGACACCUCGGCGACUAAGGACCCGUAACACUAACCCAAACCGAGAUAUCUACAUGAACGUACAGGAAGACAAGCUAGAUCUAGCCUUACUAGAGCUAUUGUGUGAGCUUGCAAAGCUCACUACAGGAAGAACUGUAGAUGCAAGGAAGAUGCUGCUCAAACACUGGGCUUUGAGACAUCCUGACAAAGACAACCCCAGGGAUGAUGAGAAUCGAGGCCUUAUAAUUGAGGAUGUCGCUCAUGCUCUUAGCGACGCAAAGGAGAAAAGUAAUCAGAGCAGAGCUAUUUUGAAUCAAGAUGUUAGAUCUCUUCCGCUGCCAGUCGAAACUGGGCAGGGCAAGGAGAAAGUGUUUAGCUCUGUAGAUGCUGAUAGUACAGCGACACCUGUUUUCGGAGGACUAAGCUCUCAAGAUCAUACGGCAGAUGCUACACACAAGCGUAAGACUAUUGGAUCUGUUUCCAACAGUGAUUCCAUCCCGUUGAAGCAUCUCGGGAUACCUACGGCAGCAGAACCAGUGCCGUUUGACAGACUGGUACCAAUACACACAUCUGCCAAGUCAAUGGCGCCCCUUCAUGAUCCCAGUCAAGUCGGAUCGACGAGAAGAAACGUCGUGGUUGCCACCGGGGUCCCAAAAGGUGGACACAAGACUCCCCAAGUAUCGAGCGCGGGGAUCAAGAGACAGACGCCCGACGCCCUACAAUCAAGCACUAAGGAAGAAAGAACAGACAGAUGGAUCAGCGAGACACGUAAGCACGCUCCAGCAGCGCAUAAUGACAUUGGUGAUGCUGAUAAAAGUCCAGAAAAAGAGUCUACGACAGUCAUCCACUCUGAUGACUCGCCAGACAGCUCAUACCAGCCUCCCAAGCCGGUUGGGUCAAGGCGACCCAAGAGGAAGCGUUCCAUGCCUAAGGACGUACCCAUCUUAGACUCGGAGGGCCCAGCGAGGAAGACAAGGGUGGUAGGAGCACUACACACUCGGUCACAGGGGCCCUGUGACGAGCAGUCGCUAGCAGAGUCCUGGAAGACCGUAGUGGCAGAUUCCGACUUCCCCUCCAAUGACCUCGCCCCAAACCAUGAGCUUGUCCGGUGGCAGUCAGAUACUGUGGACAUCAACGAGACGCAGCGGGCGUACGCAGCUGCGCACCACGGCGGAAUGAGCCUGACGGAGAUGCGGAUGAGGUAUACCCUGGCUUCAACAUUUGUAGAUCGCAUUGAUGCCGAUCUCAAUCGACAGUUCUUGGGACUGUCGAUUUAUGAGGCCGAGCAAAGGGAGGCACAGGGCGAAUAA